AUGGAUAGGAUAUUUUAUAAAUCGGAUCUUCGGGAUCCAACCACCAAUUAUCCCAUAUAUAUAUUUGAUACAUCAUAUUUACCAUCACCCGAUAUAAUAAAUUAUAAUGAAUUUUUAAUAACUUUAAUGAGUUAUUUACCGAUAAAACCAUAUGUUUUAAUUAUGUUUAGUUGUGGAUUAAAUAAAAUAUCAUGGAUUUGGGGCAUUAAAUUUAUACAAAAAAUCUUGAAUCGAAGAGAUUUAAAAAAUUUAAUUAAAGUCUAUACUGUUCAUGAUAGUUGGUUUUUAAAAUCAAUGACUUCAAUAUUACAAAAUUUCAAUUCAACAAGGAAAAAUUUAGAACAAUUAGAUCAAUUAUUAGGUGCAUUUACAUUUGUCAAUGAUUUAUCUGAUACCAAGAAUGAUAGACAAACUUUAGUUAUUCAUUGUCAAACAUUAAGUGAAUUGAGUUAUUAUUUAGAUAUAACCAAUUUGAAAAUAUCUUAUAAUAUUUUCAAACAUGAUUUACAAAUUUCCGAAUUGAAAUUAUCAAUGAGAUAUCAACCAAUUAUUCAUCCCUUAAUUACAUUAAAUGUUCAAAAAUAUUCGAUUUUCCAUCAUCAUUUAUAUCAAAUUUUCAAAAUAGUAGAGAAUAAUGGCAAUAAAGUGGAAUUGAUAUUAUAUAAACCAGGAAAUAAAUUCAAAUGUGAUAUUUUAUAUCAAUGUAUUUUAAGAAAUCAAUUGAUUUGGAUAAAUGAUUGGGAUUUAUAUUCAAUUGCUACCGUAUUUAAAAGGAUUUUACUGGAAUUACCUUUCCCUUUAAUAGAUAUUGAAUUGAUUAAAUUACCCAUAGGAGAUAAUUUACAAUAUACUUUUAAAAUUUUCAAAAGAUUAAUUAAUAGAUUACAAAGACAUCAAGAAACUCAAAAUUAUGAUCAAUUAUUAUUUCAAAUUUUAGAUAUGUGUUUAAAAAUUGUCGACAAUAAUGACAUUACCAAACAUACAACAACAACGAUAUCAAAAGGUAUGUCAUAUUGUUUGAGUCAUGAAUUAGUAUCAACCAAUAAGACAAACAUUCAAAUUAUCAAUCGUUUUCUUAAAAAUUUACUUGAAUAUUGGUCAGAAAUAAGGAAAAAUUUCCAUAUUUAUACUAUUGAUGAUGUUAUUGAUGGAAAACUUCAAACUGAAUCUAUCUCAACAAGUCAUGAAACUUCAUCUUAUGAUUUGAGCCAUGAUAUAACAUUAGAUCAAGAAAGUGAAAGUAGUAAUAGUAGUAAUGAUGAUGAUGAUGAUGAAGAUAUUGGUUUUAUUGAAACUAAAGAUAUUUUACGAAAUUUAUCCUUAAAUAAUGACAAUAAUAACAACAACAACAACAACAACAACAAUUCUGCAGAUAGAACUGGUGCGAGUACUAGUACUAGUACUAGUACUAAUUCUUUUAAUAAACCAAAUGGAUUUCAUCAACGUACAACAUCAGUAACUAAUAAAACAAUAGACCAAAUCAAUAUAAAAAAAUCUCAUAAGAAAUCAUUAUCUGAUGUAUCUAAUUUACAAAUCCAAUAUCCUCCUCAAAAAUACAAAUUUACCCCAACUACUAUCACCACCACCAGCGGCGGUACCAACAGCGGCACCACCAGCAAUACUUCAAGAAGAGACGAUAAUUCAAAAGCUCAAAAGAAAUCAAAUGUGGAAAACACCAGCAAUGGUAAUGAAUUACAACUGAAUGGUAAUACUAAUAGUCGUAGUGGUAUUCAUAGUGGUAUAACUACAUUUACACCUACACCAACAUUGAAGAAAAAACCUGUAAUUAGAGGUAGAAAAGUUAGUGAAUUGGCUAAAUUAUUUGAAGAAAGAAGUGAAGGUAUUGAAAUUUUACGAGGCAUGACUUAG